AUGGGCUUGGCCAAGAGCGUCCCAGUCACUCCAGCGCGGCCUCCGCCACACAACAAACAUAUGGCCAGAGUGGCGGACCCUCGUUCACCUAGUGCCGGCAUCUUGCGCACUCCCAUCCAGGUGGAGAGCUCUCCACAGCCAAGCCUACCUUCAGGGAAACAGCUAGAAGGUCCUAAUCAGACCCAGGACUCUGAUCCCCGCUCUCCUACCCUUGGCAUUGCACGGACACCUAUGAAGACCAGCACAACUGAACCUCCAAGCCCACUGGUGAAGCAUCUGAGUGAAGUAUUUGACAGUGAAGCCCCCAAAUCAAAUCUUUCCCCAGAGCCUGUUCUGCCUCUGGAGACACCUUCAUCUUCUGAAUUGAACUUGCCUCUGGGUACCCAAUUAUCCCUUGAAGACCAGAUGCCACCUCUGAGCCAAACUGAGCUCCCCUCCAAACAGGUGUUUUCUAUGGAGGAAACAGGACAGCGCACAGAAACCCCUGUGGCCAGCCAGGGCUCAGACAGGCCCUUGAGAGACCCUGAGACUCCCCGAUCUUCAGGUUCUAAGUGUAAUAGACGGAAACCAAAUAGCAAGGUACUAGGGAGAUCCCCCCUCACCAUCCUGCAGGAUGACAAUUCCCCUGGAACCCUGACACCACGCCAGGGUAAGCGGCCUUCUCCCCUGAGUGAAAAUGUUAGGAAACUAAAAGAAGGGGCCAACCUGGGAACUGGACAACUUCUGAAAACUGGAGGACGACCAUGGGAGCAAGGCCAGGGCCAUGACAAGGAAAAUCAGCACUUUCCCUUGGUAGAGAACUAG